CGAAAACCGUCGGGGACUUCAUGCAACAUCUACAAACUUUUAUCCGGAUCCCUGAUUCGCUAGUGAAGAAAAUAGUAUAGAUUGUCCUCGUGUUACAGAAGAAUAGUAUACACAAGACAGUCGUCGACAUUUGAAUAAGUACCCUUGGCUAACAAACGCUAUCAACGCUAAUUCAUUUAGCGGCGCUAGCACACUGUUAGCUGUUAGCACCAGUUGCAUCCUUGAGUGUCUCGGAGCGCACUGAGAAGGUAAUGGCACGGUGUUUACAAGAGACUUUAAAAUGUAAUCAAUGACUAUUUAUGUGCCAUUGUCACUUUCAGCUAGAAUCGGUUUUGCCAUCCAGUCGAACUACGCAAUGGUAACCUCAGCUAACCGGUGGCAAACUAGCUAACACUUUUUAUUGUCACAAGCCGGUGGAUGCUAGCUCCUUUUGGAACUCAGUUUUUUUCAGGUAUUUAAGUUAUAAACCCAACUAGACAAGCAUCUGCUGAUACAAUCAUCCCAGUCAAAGCAAUAAAAGAAGAGAAUGGCUGGUGACGUUGGCAGCAUUCCUGAACUGGACCAGAAGAAAUACGAUGCAGACGAACAAGUGAAGAUCAUCUGUCUGGGCGACAGCGCAGUUGGUAAAUCUAAGCUGAUGGAGAGGUUUCUAAUGGAUGAAUACCGUCCUCAGCAGUUGUCAACCUAUGCUCUGACUCUCUACAAACACACCGCAGCUGUAGGAAACAAGACGAUAGCCGUCGAUUUCUGGGACACAGCUGGUCAGGAGAGGUUUCAGAGCAUGCAUCCGUCAUACUAUCACAAAGCACAUGCAUGCAUCAUGGUUUUUGAUGUUCAAAGGAAGAUCACAUAUAAGAAUCUGGCCAACUGGUAUAAGGAGCUGAGAGAUUACAGACCUGAGAUACCCUGUUGUGUGGUUGCCAACAAAAUCGAUGCUGAUUUGAAGGUGACGCAGAGAAGCUUUAACUUUGGGAAGAAGCAAGGACUCCCAUUUUACUUUGUAUCAGCGGCCGAUGGGACUAAUGUAGUCAAGAUGUUCAGAGAGAUGAUCAAGAGAGCAGUGGACUACAAGCAAAACCCCAGCGACUUCAUGGAUGAAGUAAUGCAAGAAUUAGAGAACUUUGACCUGGAGAAGAAAGAAAUUAAUUCAGAGACAGAUGAGGAUGGAUUGAAAGCAGAGAGUCCUGAGUUGGCCUGACAGAUUUUUACAGAUCCUGUAAACCCUUUUGUCAUCUCAUGGAUUAUUUAUCCUCCUUUGGAGCUGAUGCUGCCAGUAGAUCAUUCUUUUAGUCAAAAUGCCAGAUAUCUCUGAUUUUCUGUGAUGGACACAAUCAACAAGCAUGUUGUCCUUAUGUAAUUGUGGUGGUCUGUUUUUAUACUAUUGGAUUGUAAGUCUGCUACUGGAGGAUGGCUGACAGUCUUUUCAUCAGGUUUUAAGUCGCUGCCCUCCAUCUGUACAGUGACAUUGGCAGGGAAAUAAAUCUGGAGUAAUAAUUAGGAAUUGUGUUGUUUACCAGGUUCAUUUAGCUGCUAUUUUAGCAUUGUCACUCAUACUUUGUCUAACAAUAUCUACCAUUAUAAUUGUGAAAUAUACCACAGUGAGGCUGAAUGUUUGCGUGAAAACCAAUUACUUUGUGUCACGUAAUAAGAAUAUGAGGCAUUGAAGAUGAACCCACACAGAGCAAAGAGAACGUGUGAUUAUGAACUGUAUUUGCUGCUGUUCUCAAUGUUUGUUUGUAGUGUUGUGAACAAGGCCAGCAGGGAGCUGUUUCUGUUGGCUGCUUUUUUUGCAUUCAUUUUAUGAUGUAAAGUCUGUUUUCAGCGCCUCUCAAAUGAAAACUUAAUGUACCAUGUAACCAAAUUAUCAUGUCUCUUUCCGACUUGCUGUGUGAUUCAGCAGCUGGCACAAGAGCACUAAGUAGUCUACUUCAGCAUUUUAGAACAUGCAGCUGCUGGUCAUGUAUGAGCGGACAUCAACUGUGCUGUGCUCUUGUGAAGGUCUCAGCCUUGUGAAAUGUUCGGCUGUGUCCUUUGUGAUUUGUAGGAACGUUGCUAUGAAGAACCUGUGUGAAGCCUCACUGUAAGACAAGGUGAUAACACAUAAUUCAGUUAUUUCUAUGAUUAUGAUGUACACAGAAACCAUGUAUGUAUAUUUUCUAUUUAUAUUUGACUGUUUUAUGUGGCAUUUACUCACAAUAAAUCACACUGG